UGUUUGGUUUGAGAUUGGGACGUACUGCAAAAUAAUUUAUUUGAAUAAGCAAUAAUUUAUAAAUCUAUGUGACUUUAUAGAUAGAAAUACAAAGAAAACCUAUACCAAUAAUAUAAAUAGUAAAGAUCAUGGCUGAUGAUGAGCAAGAUCCAAAAGAAUACAGAUGGGAAACAGGUUAUGAGAAAACUUGGGAGGCUAUUAAGGAAGACGAAGAUGGCUUGGUGGAGGGUCUUGUGGCGGAAUUCGCGCAGAAAGCUGCCCGCAAAUCUGCAGUGCCCAGAAAAGGCCCGGUACGACUGGGUAUGAUGAGGCAUUUACUUGUGGCGAUUGAUUGUUCGGAGGCUAUGAAUUGCCCUGAUCUCAAACCUAUACGAUUUCUGUGCACAUUGAAGCUUCUUGAAAAGUUUGUUGAAGAAUUCUUUGACCAAAAUCCAUUAAGUCAGUUAGGAAUAAUAGCAAUGAAGAAUAAAAGAGCCGAUAGAAUAACAGAACUAUCAGGAAACAUUAGGAAGCAUAUUAAAGCUGUGCAGAGCUUGUCAAAUUUGGCACUGGUGGGAGAACCAUCCUUACAAAACACACUGGAGUUAGCUGGCAGAAUCCUCAGGCCGUUGCCCGGCCAUGCCUCUAGGGAAUUACUUGUUUUGUUUGCAUCUCUCACCACAUGUGAUCCAGGAGACAUUGUACCUACUAUACAGGGUCUAAAAACAGAUGGAAUAAGAUGUUCAGUGAUAGGUUUGGCAGCUGAAGUAAGGAUAUGCAAAAAGUUGUGUCAAGACACUGGAGGGGAGUAUGGUGUUGUAUUAGAUGAUGUACACUAUCGUUCACUACUGUUAGAGCAUACGUCGCCACCUCCACGGGCGCGAGCGCUUGACGCAGGACUUGUCAAAAUGGGAUUUCCACACACACCUCCACCUAACACUCAGUCUGAUCCGAGUGGUAAUGCUGACCCACCGAUAACAGUUUGUAUGUGUCAUUUGGAAGAGGGGGAAGGUGUGGGCGGGGAGGGGCACCUUUGCCCGCAGUGCCGCAGUAAGUACUGCUCGCUGCCGGCACAGUGCCGCACCUGCGGACUCACACUCGCCUCUGCACCGCAUUUAGCCAGAUCUUAUCACCAUCUAUUCCCUGUGGAGCCAUAUGAAGAAUUGAUUAACGAAGGUCAAGCACAAUCUUGUUUUGCUUGUAUAAGAAGUUUCACCGAUCUUGAUAAACAGAUAUUCCGCUGCAAGCGCUGCAGUGAGUACUACUGCUGGGAGUGCGAGGGCGUGGUGGCGAGCUCACUACACGUGUGCCCCGGCUGCGCCUCCAGACCGCAUCUCUACCAGCGUUUGCCAGAACAGCGGUGACCACACUUCACCACAUUGACAACUCAUUAUGUUAAUAGAUAAAUAAAUAAUAUA